AAAGCGGACUGACACUGUGGAACACAUAUGGCCAAGUUGGGCCAGCAGGACUUGCGCUAAUGGGAUGCUACGUAUUAGCUGAUUGCCCUGGUAAGUUACACAGGGGGGUAAGGAGAGCUGGCUUAGUGGAGAGUGGGAUUCAGGAGACCUGAGCUCAAAUCCCAGGGCUGCCACAGACCUCCUGUGUCAUCAAGUCAUCUUGCACCAUCUGUAAAAUGGGCAUAAUCCUUCCCUGCCUCCCAGGCAUGUUGUAAAACAGAAGCCUGUUAAUGCCUGGGGGAUGCUCAGCUGCCAUGGCGAAGAGGGACACAGGAAUGCCUCAUGGACUUUUUCUGCCGGGCUGUACCCCUGGAGCUCAGCCCCACGUCAUCUAACUGCCAGCGUGGUCCAGAGCUCAGCCACAACCCAGACCUGAUCACCGGCGGCAUAGGUAGCACUGCCUCUUGGCCUUGGCUGUGUUGGAUCCCGGCUCUAUGUCCGCCUCUCCUCCAAGAGCAAGCCAUGGCUGGAAGAGGAGGCAGAGGGAGGGGUCGGAGCCAGAUGACCUUCAACGUGGAGGCUGUGGGCAUUGGGAAAGGCGACUCGCUGCCCCCGUCUACGCUCCAGCCCUCGCCGCUCUUCCCUCCCAUGGAGUACAAGCCAGUCCCUCUGCAGACGGGUGAGGAGGUGGAAUACAUGCUGGCACUAAAGCAAGAGCUGAGGGGAGCCAUGAAGAAUCUGCCAUAUUAUGUCAAGCCGGCCGCCCCCAAGAAAGAUGUUGAGCGCUACUCAGAUAAAUAUCAGAUGUCCGGCCCCAUUGAUAAUGCUAUUGAUUGGAACCCAGAUUGGCGGCGCUUACCGCGGGAGCUAAAGAUCCGAGUUCGAAAGCUCCGGAAGGAGAGAACCACCAUUCUGAUCCCCAAGCACAAACAGCGGCUCCCGGUGGACAAGGAGGAAGCUAUUAAGAAACUGGAGACCCUUGAGAAGAAGGAGGAGGAAGUGACGUCGGAGGAAGAAGGGGAGAAAGAGGAGGAGGAAGAGGGCAAGGAGGAGGAGGAAGAGGAGUAUGACGAGGAGGAACACGAAGAGGAGACGGAUUACAUCAUGUCCUACUUCGACAACGGGGAGGAGUUUGGGGCCGACAGUGAUGACAACAUGGACGAGGCGAUAUACUGAGGGAAGCCGGGUUGCUCGGAUACCAGACUGGCGCAGACGGUGCUCGGACGCCUGGGGCCCCGGAUCCCAGCCAUCUGCCCGCAGCAGGGACGGGCGUGCCACGUUGGUGAUGGCCGAUCCCUCAGGGAAGCGGGGGCCGUGUCUGGGCUCCCUGGGGACACCCCCAUCCUUCCUCCAGCUCGGCCACCGUUUCUGUCGCCACAGUGGGAGGCCCGGCCCUUUGCUUCCUGCCUGGCUGCCACCCCUCUCCGCGUGGGCCAGCUGGGGACGCUGAUGGGUCCCCACCUUGGAACCCUCCAGAGGAAGAUCUCUCGCUUCACCCCUAGGUGGUGCUCUUGAUCAACUUUCCCAGCAGCUGCUUCUUGGAGGUGGGUGGAAAAUUCUGCCAGGAUGGAGAGAGAACUGACAUAACCAGCAUGUCCCAGUGACAGACAUCCUCUGCCUUCGGACACCCAUCCCCCCACCUCCCCCAGGCAGUCCUGCCUAGCUCAGCUGUGGGAGAAACUGACCAGAACACACCAUCCUGGGAUCUGCCCCAAAGGAGGAGGUGAAACCAGCAUUGAAACACAGCAGGGAGUGGUGAGCGGCUCCCUCCCGCCCCCCAGCAUCCAGUCCGCUUCGCUCCCACCUGCCUCCCCCUGCGAUCUGGAACUGAACUCUGGUCCAGCUGUUCGAUCUGGGAACACAGAGUAGGUGUGUGUGUCAAUUUCCGGGUUAGUCAACGGUUAUAAUGGGAAACCCCGUUGCACCAGCAGGCUCUUAGAGCUACAAGGGGGAACAUGAAUGGAACUGUUCUCCAGUCCCAUGCCCCUUCCCGGUCCUGGGUCUGAUUCUCCAGGGCCUGACUCCUCGUGCAGCCAGCCGCUUUGCACCAAUGCGAACGGGCCUGGUGGGGUGCGAAGCAGGAGGUUGCACCGUUUUGCACGGGGGAAAACAACCGCACCAGAUGUAGGGCCACGAAGAAUCAAGUCCUGGGGGGACAGGGGGGUGGUGGUUCACAGAGGAUUUUAAUCCCAUUUCAGACCCUAGGCAGCCACCCGCUUCCCUGCCUCCCCUUGCCCCAAGGAGUCACCAGCUGAAUUUGAGGGAUCCCCCCAAUCUUGGAGGUGCCCUAUGCAGGUUUCCCGUGUGGCUGGUGCCCUGACAUGCUCCUGAGGCUCGUCUCAGAAUGGGAUCCAUCCUAUUUCACAUCAGCCUGGCAGUGACUCGGAUCUCACCAGUCUGCAAAGUUUUAAUAAAUGAGGGUGUUUUUACUGUCACUUUAAAAUAUUUUAGGGCGGGUGGGUUAAUAAAUGAGGGAGUGUCUCCCUCCCCCACAAUGAUUUUAUGCUGCUCAGUGGUUGAUGGUUGUAAUGUACUCUCCCCCGCCGCAUCCUGCCUAGCUUAUAACCCCCAUGCCCUGCAGCCCCCCCCUUCCGGAACUGAGCCAGGCUGCAGGGGCUGGGUGUCUGGGGGAGGGGUGACUCCCUGGUUUGACCCCCUAUUGAAAGAAACUGGUGAGUGCCCCCAAAAUGUAUUUGGAUGAGUUUUAAAGAAAGAUUCUGCACACAGAAGUGUGUGGUGUGUAUCACGGGGUGUUUACACGUGUGUUGUGUUUUGUUGUGUAUGCAGGUAUUGGUUGUGUGCUGCAGGUGUGUUUCUGCAUGUGGUGCUUUUGCCUGUUUGUAAGGGUGGGUGUUUGUUGGGGCAGAAGCUGUGUUGUGUGUGUCUGCGUAGGGUGUGCUCCAUGGGUUUGCCUGUGGGUGUUUCUUUGUUGUGUUGGUGUAUGCUGUGUGUACAUGUUGUAUGUGCUGUGUGUACAUAGUGUAUGUUUUUGCAUUUCUGCAUGUUGUGUUGUGCUGUGCAUGUCUCUGUGUGUGUGUGUGCGCACGGGGAUGUGUAUUGGGUGUGAAUGGGGUGAGCGUGUCUGGUGCGUAUGUGGCACGGGGGAUGUGCGUGUCUGGUGCGUGUGUGUACAGGAAUAUGCAUGGGUGUGCAUAUCUGGUGUGUGUAUGGCACGGGUGUGUGUAUGGUGUAUGCGUGUCUCUGGUAUGUGCAUGCAUGGGGGAUGUGUGUGCGUGUCUCUGAUGUGUGUGUGCAUGGGGGAUGUGCUCGGGUGUGUGCUUGUCUCUGGUGUGGGUGUGGCACGGGGGACGUGCGUGUCUGCAUGGGGGAUGUGCAGGGAUGUGUAUGGUGCGUGGCCAUUCCAGGUUUAGACCGAAUCCCGGCAGGCCAGCCAUUGUUCACCCUCGUUCCCUUCAGUGCCCUCACAGAUGACACUCCCUGUGCAUCUGAUUCCACAGGGUGGGCCGGUGGCUUUAGGCUGGUCAUUCCUGAAGGAGCCUGCAGCAUAUGGUCAAAGCCUCCAACACUGAAGCCCUCACCAGGGGGCAUAUGAGCUGCUCCCCACCUCACCUGCAGUACUCCUGCAACUGGGCCAGAGAAACUGGUUUUACUGGGAGCUAGGAUCAGGCAGCGGGAGGCGCUCUAUGUUUUAUUAUUUCCAGAGCCCUGAGAUCCAGAUUCUCCUUUCGGAGCCAUCAAUGCAAGUCCAUUGAGUUGAAGUGAAUAGAAUUUGAACCGCAGGGUUAAUUCGAGGGAAAGGGAUGGGUAUGGAAUGGAAAUGACAUAAAAUGAAUGUACCUAGAUUGGAAGUUCUUUGGGGCAGGGCCUAUCUCUUUGUUCUGUGUUUGUCCAGCACCUGGCGCCAUGGGGUCCUGGUCCAUGACUCCAGGGCUCGUAGGCGCUGUGCAUUACAGAUAGUAGAAAUAACAGGGCCUGAUUCUGAGCUUACUUAUUCCGGUGUAAAUCAGGAGUCAGUGAAGCCACGUAGGUGUCAGUCUGGUGUGAGAUCAGGUGUCAGUCCAGUGUGAAAUCACAAUCUAAAUCUUGAAGAAAACAGAGUCCUCCAAGAGACUAAACUCUUGCCAAGUCUGAUCUGAAGCCCUUUGAAGUCAAUUGAAAGAUUACCACUGAUUCCAAUGGGCUUCAGAUCGGGCCCCAGAACAGCAGAGCAGCUAGAGGUCGGAGGAAAUCAUUUGGAUUCCUCUCUAUGAAUCUGUCAUUGAGAAAUUUGAAAGCAGGGCUGCUCCUUUGUGUUCUGAGCAGAGGUGUGUGAGUGUGUGUGUGUGUGUGAGAGAGAGAGAGAGAGAGAGACUGUUAGGUGUUGACAGAGUUGCAAAAGCAAAACCCACCUACGUCCACAACAAAACGAAACGCACCAGUUGGAAAAAAAGCUUUUAUGGUACAGGCUCUGCCAGGUGUUUUUAAAGAAGCAGCCUGUGUUGUCUACUUGGCCGGUAGGUGGCAUCAGUUUGGUGGUCUUGUUGCAGCUUUUUAACAUUCUCUUUUUAAACACGUCUGUUGGAAUAAAAGGAUUUGUCUGUUC